CACGAACUGCAAUCAUUUUAUUCUCACCAUCACAUAUCAUAUCAACGUAUAUUACGAACAACCGUCAACGGAUGCGGGGUUGAGUUAGCAGUAUUAUUCUGGAAUACCUCCGACCUUGGAUAAUUAUCGCAUGCGAUUAUCUAUCAAUCGUAAUGGGCCACUUAAGCAAUGACGAGUUCUUCGUCAAGCUCACCGAGCUCUUCGACCAGAAGAAAGGCAAAGACCACGGUUCCAUAGUCUUGGUACAGAAGAGAUUAACUCACGAGCAACCCGUCCCAGAGCCAACAAGUGGAACCAUACUCCCCGACCUCCACCCCCCACAACCCAUGCCAGUGCUCAUCCGGGCGACAAACGCGAAAGGCAAGAAACGACGCGAGGACAAGAUCAAGUUAUCAACUGUGGUCGAGCCCGACGCUCUCCCCGCUUUCUUCGACAGGUACGCCGAGGUAUGCAAAGCCGGCAUGGCAACGUUGAAGCCGAGAGAUCGUAGCAAGAGGAAGGGCAAGGCCAAGAAGAGGAAGGGUGCUAGUGCACCUGCUAGUUCUUGAUAUCUUGCUUGGAGGAGCUAUAUGGUUAUCAUUGCCGCCAUCCUUCCCGUCCUGGAGAUCGGCCUACUAUUUCGCCCACGCGCCAAUAUUAUCUCGUGCGUCCCUGGGUUUCUAAAAGCCUAGCAUCGCAUUUUUAGGACGAGCAUGUGCAUUCAGAAGAGGCGCCACUAUUAUUACCGUUAUUGUAUAUCGGAACAUAUCUACCCGUCCUGCGAGAGACCGGGACCCAUAGCCAUCUAUUAAGCUUGGGUAACUAUGAGCUUCUGUGGUAUGGGUAACUUGCUCAGGCGCGAGUACCGCCCCCAGUUGGUUAUAUUCGACCGAAAACCUGAGAUACCCUAAUAAAAUAUAUGGAAUUCUUAUAAUAUUCUAAUUCGCUCACCUUGCUACUGGCUAAAUUAUAUAUAUUAUGUCUUCGAAGUCUAGAAUAAUACCCAUUUAGCAGCCAGCUGCUUGUCUUCAUAAUAUUACCCUAGGAAAUAGAUUUGCUAUUGUGCCC